AUGGCAGAGUCCCCGGCGCCCGCCACCGUCCUCGACCUCUUCAAAGUCCACCCGUCGCCGGAAACUGCGCCGGCACCGGAUAUGACCCUUCCCCUCGUCCACUUCGACAUAACUUGGCUUCACUUCCACCGCGUCCAGCGCCUCCUCUUCUUCGACUCCCCCUGCUCCAAGACCCGAUUCCUCCAAUCCCUCGUCCCCGAACUCCGCCGUUCCCUCGCCCACGCCCUCGCCCGCUUCCUCCCCCUCGCCGGAAAAAUCGUCCACCCCCUCGACGACGCCGGCCGUCCCUCCAUCCGCUUCUCCCCCGGCGACUCCGUCCCCCUCACCGUCGCCGAGUGCUACUCCGACUUCGAUCACCUCACCGGCGACCACCCCCGCCUCUCCGACGAGUUCUAUCCCUUCGUCCCGGAGCUCCCGCCGGCGACCCGAUCGGAAAACGAGGUCGUCAUCCCGGCCCUCUCCCUGCAGGUCACCCUUUUCCCUGGCCACGGCCUCUGCCUCGGCUUCACCAACCACCACGCCGCCGGCGACGCCAGCUCCAUCGUCCGGUUCAUAAAAUCCUGGGCUGCCGCCAACAAGCUCGGCACCGGUGGAGCCAGCGCCGCCGAGCUGACUCCGUACUACGACAGAUCCACCGUUGCCGACCCGGAUGGCCUCGACCGGAUCUACUGGGAUCUGAUCGGCAAGUCCCGCGCCGUCGAGUCCCCGCCGCUCACUUUCCCCCUCCACAAGCUCCGGCGAACCUUCAUCCUCACCGGCGACCACGUCCGGCUGCUGAAGGCCGCCGUUCUAUCUCAGCUCCCCGCUGCCCGUCACGUCACUACAUUCACCGUCGCCUGCGCCCUCGCCUGGUCCUGCCUCCUCCGGGCCGACCCGCCGGCGGCCGACGACGAACCGGAGUACAUGGGCUUUGCGGCAGACUGCAGAUCCCGGCUGAACCCACCCCUUCCGGCGGCCUACUUCGGCAACUGCCUCGCGUUCGUGCUGGCCGAGUCGAGGCACGGGCUUCUCCGGGCCGGAGGAGUGGAGGGCUUGGCCCACGCGGCCGAGGCUAUCGGGUCCGCCGUGCAACGGACGGUGUACAACGAGAAGGGGAUUUUGGACGGGGCGGAGGGUUGGCCGGCGGGGUACGGAAAGUUGAUCGGAAAACGGCUGUUCGGGGUGGCCGGGUCGCCCAGGUUCGAUUUGUACGAUGUGGACUUCGGGUGGGGGCCACCGAAGAAGUUCGAGUCUCCGUCUAUAGAUGCCGACACGUCCAUGUCGUUGUGCAAGUCCAGAGAUUUCGAAGGCGGGCUCGAAAUCGGCCUGUCUAGGCCCAAAAAUGUCUUGGAAGCGUUUGCAGCAAACUUUGAAGAGCAGCUCAGAAAUUUGUAG